CCGGUCUUAUUUAACCCGCCCAAAGCUCCACCGGUAAAGCGCGCAUUUUGGAUUUAUAAGCGGAGCCUCCUUUCGCUAACUCGUCCGCUGUGCGCGCUUCACACUCGGUCUCCUGUUGCAGAAGAAAUUCAAUAGAAGCUGCCGAGUCCUACUGAGACAUGUCGGGUAGGAAAGAAACUGUUCUGGACCUGGCAAAAUUUGUGGACAAAGGGGUUCAAGUCAAGCUUACUGGUGGCAGACAAGUCACGGGAACUCUAAAAGGUUAUGAUCAGUUACUUAACCUUGUCCUGGAUGAAGCUCUAGAAUAUCUGAGAGGUUUGGUUGAUAAUAGAGCACAAUGGUGUCGUGCAAUCCAUGUAGUGGACCAAGCUUAUUGGGGACAAGGUUUGUUGUUUCUCCUUGAUAGAUGCCACAUCAGCUCCUCCUUGUAUAUACAAUGUUGAGUCCUACCCAUUGAGUGUAGCAUUGUCACAAUUGAAAAAAAAAUAUAUUAAUAAACAGUUAAGACUAAUUCUUAGUUGCUUUAACUAGUGAACUGCCAAUAGGGUUACCACAGUGGGUGCCAUGCUUUUGCACAGAACCCAAUGAGUUGCACUGUUCACUUUUGUGAAUAGUAUGGCUCUCUACACUUUUUAAUAUUUUAUAUGGAUGCCCAUUUGCAAAAUCUUGGACUGGAAACUUUCAGGAGUUUAUGAGUAGAAGUGUCAAAAUUUAUUUUGUGUGGCAUA